AUGUCAGAGAAGGCCACAAGUUCAGGGCACCCCAGUCCGCCCUCUGUGCUUCAACCUCUGCAAGUAGUUGAAGAUAGCAAUAAUGUUGGGAAUCAUGGCUGCGGUGUACGAGAGGCAACGGUAACACGUCUCACUGUCGAAGCGGGCUGCAGUGGCCAGGAGUUCUCCGCAGUCCGAAAGUUACUAAUUCUUGCUACGCUCGCCGCGAUCCUGACAAUGUCAGACAUGACAUCGCUAGGUGGCUUCUUCACAAAUGUAGCGCUCGGUAAGAACGCUAGCGGAGGAGCCGGCUAUCACACGGCAGUAGGUGCAGUGUUUGCAAUGUUGCAAGCAGGCAGUGUCCUGUCCGCUCCGUUCGUGACCAGGGAACUCCCCUACAUUGGUAGCAAGUACAUGAUGGCGCUGAGUAUGGCUAGCAUGGGAGCUGUGCAGGUGAUAUUUGCGUUCGUCAACCGGAUUUCAGACUGGAGAGUAUUUCUAGUCUACUGUUACAUCAUCAGGGCCAUUCAAGGUGUUUGUUACACAGGCGUUUCCAUCGCAUGCAGUGCGUAUUUGACGGAGCUCUACCCGAACAACGUGGGCUUCGUGAACGGAUUUCUGCUGACGUUCUUCUGCGUAGGCGACGCAUCCAGUCAGCUUCUAGGCGGUGUGUUGUUCGAUGCCGGCGGAUUCCGUGCACCGUUUCUUGCGUCUGGUCCGGCUAUGCUGGUUUCUGCACUGGCUGUGCUGAUCGUCUUAGUGGACAUCGAUAACGGUUCAUCGAAUGACGGCACUUCGGAGACGCACGUUGGCGUGCGCGUCAUUCUGCGUCAGCCGUGGAUCUGGCUGUUGAUGUUUGCCCUGACAGUGGCAGCCCUACCCGGCAGCGGCGUUGAAGUAGUGCUGGGACCACACAUGCUGUCCGCGUUUGUCUCUAGCGCGACGCUAGUCGGCGGCGCUCUGGCGCUCAAGGUUGCCGUAUCGUCGGCAACCUCGCCACUGAUCGGAUACUGCCUGGACAGGGGUUUGGACGCACACGCGUGGAUUGUAAUCGGGUACGUGCUAACCGGCGUAUCAUGUCUAUUUCUGGGACCGGCAACAUUUCUACACAUGCCGACGUCACUGUGGCUUGUAUUCGUGGCAAUUGUACCCCUGGCGGUCGGGUUUAUCAUCGCUACGGUUUCCAGUAUCGUUGCCAUGACGAGACACCUGGAGUGUGCUGGAGUCGGAUCGGCGGUGGAAGUACGAGUGGCCAUUGCUGGUGUGGCCCGGAUCUGCGCAUCCGCCGGCAUGGGCCUUGGUUUCCUUCUCACCACUCCGCUGGUGGCCGUCAUGGACUUUCGGGCCGCCAUGACCCUGUACGGGUUCGUCUUUCUAGCGGCGGCGCCGGCCCUUGGUGCAGUGUCUUGGCUACACGCUGCUGCCGCUGCGCCCGCACGGCAUAAAGCCGCCGCUGCUGAGCAGAGUGUGUGGAGUAAAUGCACGUGUUUGUGUGCAGGUGUCUGCCGAUGGCCUCGCUUUCUCGCAGGCCCUCGCGGAAGCGUAGAGACUAGUGGCAGCCGUGAAGGCUUGGCUGAACGAAUACCACUGGCAUCUACAUGA